AUUUCAUAACGCACAAAGGUUUUUAGUCUACCACAGACAAUGGUCUUACCAAACAGUAUUUUUUAACAAAGCUAGUUUUAGUCGUUCAAACAUAGAUAUACAUGUUUGGUUUGCACUGAGUAUAAAUGCUAACAUUUAGCAAAAGAUAGAGAUAAAUUGAAUAGCUUGUUCCUACUCACAAGCAUAAUGCUCGAAAUUAACGUUAAGAAGGAACAUGGAUUCAAUUUCUAUUUGUAUGGGUCAUUGUUAACUGUUAACUUGGCUCUGUUUUCUUCGAGCACUACACUGGUAUGGUCAUCUCCAGUUAUACCUCAGCUGUUAUCUAACGACACCAAUGUCAACCCAUUAGAAGAACCAAUCACACCUGUCCAGCAAUCGUUAAUAGGUGGGCUUCCAUACUUCGGAGGCAUUCUUGGACCACUAUUGCUAGAAAGACUUUGUGAUAUAUUAGGAAGAAAGAAAACGUCAAUAAUACUGGCUGUUGUCACAUCCAUAGCUUUUGGGAUACUUGCUUUUGCAAAACACUUGUAUGCCUAUUACGCGUUGAGAACAAUAUUGGGAGGACUUCUCUUCUACUGCAUUGUAGUCACAAGCGUCUAUAGUAGUGAGCUUACGGAGGAUCACAACAGAGGCAAAUUCCAGUGCUUACUCAUACUUUUUCAUGUAUCAGGAUUUUUAUACGGUUAUGCCUUAGACUAUAGUGUAUUUACACCCAAGAUAGAAUGGAUGCGUGAUUACCAAAAGCAAGGAUGGCGUACAGGGCCGUAUUCAGGGCUACCUCCGAAUGAUGGACUACCACCAACGUGUUGUAAAACAAAGAUGACAGUAUUUAACGAAAUUAUCUAAUAUAGUGAAGUAGUUAUAGUUAAGGGUGUCGCAAAAUAAAAUUUUUAUUCUUGAAAGGAUGCUAAGUUUUACUACAGGUUUUUCAAACUAGACAACAUGGAAAAAUACAUACCAGAGGUAACCAGCUGCUCACUAUGCACAAUUAAUCCGUAGUCAACGAGGGGUAGAGAUGACACUUUUGUACAUGGAAUAAAUAUAAG